CAAUUUAUUCACGAUCGUGGGGGGAACAUUUAGAUACAGGUGGUGGACUCAGCUGGACUCAGUGUUUAUAUGUGGAGGUAUUCUUUUGAUUGCUUCCAUUAACAUUUUUCUCAGUGAAAUAUGAGGCCAGAAGAAAUUAGGAGAGUGAUCUGAACAGCAAAAUGUAGAAAGAAGUACAUUUUGAGAUCAUGUCUGUGCCAGCAUGGUUUUCGUGGGUUUUUCUGAAGACAUUACAGGUAUUCAGGGCAGGCACAAAGCCAAAUAAAACACAGAAAGUUAAGUCACUCAGUCGUGUCCGACCCUUUGCGACCCCAUGAACUGUAGCCUACCAGGCUCCUCCAUCCAUGGGAUUUUCCAGGCAAGAAUACUGGAGUGGGUUGCCAUUUCCUUCUCCAGGAGGUCUUCCCGACCCAGGGAUUGAACCCAGGUCUCCCGCAUUAUAGGCAGAUGCUUUACUGUCUGAGCCACCAGGGAAGUCAGAACACAGAAGAUACAGCAAAUGAGACACCACAGCAACCAUACCUGGGAGCUAUCUAUUCAUUCAAUGAUUCUGCUCGUCUCCUCUUCGACAAGCACUCUCUAGACCUGGGAGAGUGUAUAAGGAGGAACACACUGAAGUGGCCCCUGAACACAUGGAAGUCAUGUAUGAACACAGGGGAGACUUGAGGACUCCUAGUCUUCAACAGGCAUGGUCUUAACAUACUGCUAUGCCAGGUCCAGCCCAAGAAUGGUAAUAGUCUGGAGAUACUUACCAACCAAGGUUCCCAUGAUAACUGCACAAAGGGAAGAAUGCUCUGUUGGCAUCUCCCAUACACACUUUCAGUGUCAUAAAUACACACUGUGUUAUAAACAGAACUGAGAAGCUGAAUUCUGAUGAUGUUUUUUAAAAAUAGGGAAUGUCAUUUGUCCUACGGGUGACGAGCACACUGGGGUGUAUACAUCUGGGGGCACAACUCAGGCACCACUCGGGCUUUAUCUAACAGACUGGUCUGAUGUGCAAUGCAUGUAUAAUGCCAUGUUACAUCCAAUUGCAAUGUCCAUGUGAUACAGAACAAGAGCUUAGGAGAGAGGACAUGGGCAAUGGAGUGUGCCCACUGAAGACGUCCAAGCCUCCUGGUCUAGAACAUUAGGAGUCAGCUGAGCAACGGACGAUGGGAGGAGUGGGGGAGGGGUGUUCCAUGCGGUCCAACUCAAGAAGACAUGGAGGUUUUGUUUCCUUUCUCAAGGUACCGUCUUGCAUGUUAGAGUCUGAAGUCCGUCUUCAUGAUUAUAGCUCUUCCUAAUGUCAGGAAGACCUUAACCAAGGAGCACUGGAGUUGAGGCUGUGGAGGGAAGUCACAGAGAAAAGACUAUUUGAAGCAUAACAGAUCCAAAAGACUAGAAAGGACACAGCCAGAGGCUGACCUGAGAGAGGCAGGCAAGAGCCAUCCUUCGUGCAGCCAGCAUAGAUCUGAAGUGAGUACCUGUGACAGAGGGUCUGUGUGUCAGGGAGAGCUGCUGCUGCUGCUGCUGGACACAAGCCCUGCAUCAUCAACUGAUUCACUAGGGCCAUGUCAGUGGCAGCGUCUGUGACAGACUCUGCCUCUAUACUGCCUUCUCUGUGGAAAAGGCAAGUGGCUAUGUCUGAGGCUAUCAGAGCGCUUCAAACUUGGGCUCCUCACACAAAGGACUUGAGGCUGGCCCCGGUGCCAGGACUUUCAUGUGCCAGGUUGGGGAUCCUGUUGUUCUUGGUACUGAUUUCUCUGCCAAGCCUGUACUGUGACCUGGGCUCACUACAUCACUCUUCCUAUGAAAUAGUCAUUCCCAAGAGUCUGACAGUGGAAGGAAGGGAAGACCAAGUGGAAAAGCUCUCGUACGUGCUAUUUAUGCAGGGCCAGAGGCAGCUGAUUCACCUGACGGUGAAGAGAGACUAUUUUGUGGAUAACUUCCCGGUCUUCAGCUACCACAAUGGCAUCCUGGGGCAAGAAAUGCCUCCCGUCUCGCAGGACUGUCACUAUGAAGGCUACAUAGAAGGAGUCCCAGGUUCUUUUGUUUCUGUCAACACCUGUUCAGGCCUCAGGGGCCUCCUGAUUAAGGAGGAAAAAUCCUAUGGCGUUGAGCCCGUGCACUCUUCCAAACGGUUUGAACACGUGUUGUACGCCAUGGCCCACGAAGCUCGCGUCUCCUGUGGCGUCACGUCCAAAGACAGCCAAGUGGCGUCCACCAGCCGGCGACCGGAGAGCGGCAAGCCUCACAGCUGGCAGGUGCCAUCCGACUUGUGGUCACAUAUCAAGUACGUGGAGAUGUUUGUCGUGGUCAACAACCAGCGGUUCCAAAUGUGGGGCAGUGACGUCAAGCAGACAGUCCAGAGAGUAAUGGACAUCAUCGCUCUGGCCAACAGCUUCACAAGGGGAAUAAACACAGAGGUGGUGCUGGCUGGAAUGGAGAUUUGGACUGAGGGGGACCUCACAGAGGUCCCCGUGGACCUGCAAGUUGCACUCAGGAAUUUCAACAGCUGGAGACAAGAGAACCUCUUCCAUCGUGUCAAGCAUGAUGUUGCCCACAUGAUCGUGGGACAGCAUCCUAAAGAGGAUACGGGGCAGGCAUUUCUCAGUGGUGCCUGCUCCAGUGAUUUUGCAGCAGCCGUGGAAUCUUUCCACCACGAGGAUGUCCUCCUGUUUGCAGCACUCAUGGUCCACGAGCUUGGACACAACUUGGGUAUUCGGCACGACCAUUCGGCCUGCAUUUGUAAAGACAGGCCCUUCUGCCUCAUGCAUGAAAACAUCACUAAAGAAAGUGGCUUCAGCAACUGCAGCUCUGACUUCUUCCACCAGUUCCUCUGGGAACACAAGGGGGCCUGCCUGUUUAACAAGCCUGGGCACAAAGGCCGCUUACGGAGGGCUUCCCGCUGUGGCGACGGCAUUGUAGAAGGACCUGAGCAGUGUGACUGUGGGUCUAAGUGUGAAAUGCACCCAUGCUGUGACACCAGAUGUAUGCUGAGAGAGCAUGCAGAAUGUAGUGAUGGACUCUGCUGUGAUAAAUGUCGCCUGAGAUUCAAGGGAUUCAUGUGCCGUGCUGCUUUGGGAGAGUGUGACCUCCCAGAGUAUUGUAAUGGUUCCUCGGGAGAAUGUCCCAGAGACAGCUAUAAGCUAGAUGGCACAAUGUGUGAUAGAAUUCACUACUGUGCUGGAGGUCGGUGUAAGAACCCUGACAAUCAAUGCAUGGAUAUCUACGGGUCCCCUGCAAGGUCCGCCCCAGAAAACUGUUACGUUUCAAUGAACACAAGAGGGGACCGGUUUGGAAACUGUGGUACCACCAGCUCACCGAGGUUAACAUAUCUGAAGUGUGCAGGUGAUAACAUAUUUUGUGGGAAACUUAUAUGUACAAAUGUAAGAGAGGUGCCACAAAUCAAACCCAAUCAUACACUGAUCCAGGUCGCUCACAACGAUGACUGGUGCUGGAGCAUGGAUGCCUAUGACACUGCUGAUAUCCCUGAUGAUGGAGAUGCACACACUGGCACUCUCUGUGCCCCACACAAAGUCUGCAUGAAUCACUUGUGUACUGAUCACACCUCACUUGGGUACAGCUGUGAGACAACAGAAUUGUGUAACGGGAAAGGAGUUUGCAACAAUUUUAGGCACUGCCAUUGUGAGGAUGGCUAUGCGCCCCCUGACUGCAAAGAUCCAGGAGACGGUGGUAGUGUAGACAGUGGCUCCUCUGGUAAACCAAGGGACAGCAUCGACAAUAAUCGAAGUAAAGAAGAAAGCGAAAGUCAUGCUUCAGAGUUUGGGAAUUUUGGCCGAAACAGUGAAAAUAAAGAUGAAAGCCAGAGCCUUGACAAGAUACUGUACAUAGUCCCCCUUUUUCUUUUAGCAAUAUUUUUAGCUCUAGUUAUUGCUGCCAGUUUUGGGGCUAGAAAGGAUAUGUCACAGUGCUCACAAGAGGACCUCGAAGAACCCGAAGAAGAAGCUGUUCAAAUAGAGGAGGCAGUCAGAUAA